GAAGAAGAAGCGGAAGAAGACAAUUCAUAUUUGAAUUUCUGGCGCACAUAUGGAGCACAUACUUGCUGUACCGAUUUUAUUUUUCCUGUUGGUAAUCUUUAGUAAAGGUCUAGCAGCUGUGAUCCAAACCCAGCAGACGGUGUCAGCAGCAGUAGGAGAAGAUGCUCCUCUCAGCUGUCAGCUGCUGGAAACUAAAGACGUCCAGCAGGUCACCUGGCAGAAGGUCUUGGAGAGAACAGAGAGGAAUAUUGGUUCCUACAGCGAGUAUUAUGGUGAAACAGUGAAUGAUGGAUUUAGAGAUAAAGUUCAGUUUACAGAAGCUAAACUGCAGAAGAACUCUAUAGUUAUCAGGAACAUCACAGAUCAGGAUGAAGGAUGUUAUCUCUGUCUGUUCAACACUUAUCCUGAUGGAGCUCUGACAGGAAGAACAUGUCUGAUAGUUUAUGAGCUGGAUGGACCCUUCAUUAACAUCAGAAACUAUCCUCCAGGGUCGGUUGUGACCUGUUCAGCCACAGGUCGACCUGUUCCCAUGGUAACACUGACUGUUCUCCAUCAGAACCUCAGCUUCUCCCACUACAACACCAGCAGAGAGACCAACACCAACGGUACCGUCACCGUCACCACCACAGCUCUGCUGUCAGCUCUCAGCAGCUCACAGGUUGGAUGUUCAGUAUCAGUUCACUCUGCUGCUCCCAGAGAGCUGAUGGUCACCGUUCCUGGACUCGCAGAGACGUCUGAUGAAAGGUUGGAUAAACAAUCCCCAUCGUAUUACCACGCCCUCCAAUGGGCUUUGAUUGCUGCAGUAAUGGCAGUCAUGAUUUGUUUAGCUAUCCUGCUCGGAAUAAGAUUUCAGAGAAGCCACAGGAAUAAGAAGCCUUCAGAGGACACCACAGAAAAUCAGAAGAUGGACAUCUCACCAGUGUCAAGCCAAAACUGCAGACAACGAACACCAGAAAAACAAAAACUAAACAGUUUUUAA